ACAUUUGUUUUUUAUCUGGGAUUUGGAUGUCCAAAUCUUUAUCAUGUGUUUUCUUUAGUGUUAUCUGCGUUUUAUUAUUAAUUUUGGUAGUCUAAUUUAACUUAUUUUAUCUUAACGACAAAACACUAAUCACGACAACUUAUUAAAUGUAAUCUUACUUAAAAAUCGUAAUACAAUAACAUUAAAAUGUCCCGUGAAAACCUGAAUUAUAUAAAAAGUAGUCCAUCAAUGCAAAAUGAUUACUGUAAAAGCAAUUCUUCUUUGCAAAAUUCAGAUGAUGAAGAUGAUGAUACAAAAUCUCCUUUAAGUUAUAAAGAAAGAAGAAGAGAAGCACACACACAAGCAGAACAGAAACGACGAGAUGCUAUUAAAAAAGGUUAUGAUACUUUGCAGGAGCUAGUUCCAACAUGCCAGCAAACUGACAUAUCGGGUUACAAAUUGAGUAAGGCUACUGUAUUGCAAAAAUCAAUUGAUUAUAUCCAAUACCUGCAACAACAGAAAAAGAAACAGGAAGAUGAAAGAAAUGCUUUGAGGAAAGAAGUGGUAGCACUAAGAAUUAUGCAGACAAAUUAUGAGCAAAUAGUGAAAGCCCAACAAUCUCAGCCUGGUCAUACUGAAACUAGAAUAUCAGAUGAAGUAAAAUUCUCUGUUUUUCAGGCCAUCAUGGAUCAAUUGUAUCAAACCUUCAACACUGUUUCUGUGAGUAAUUUCUCUGAAUUAUCUGCUGGUGUUUUCAGUUGGUUGGAGGAGUAUUGUAAACCACAAACAUUAAAAGAUACUGUCUUUCAAGUUUUACGCAGACACAAUACACAUAUGAGAGGCUAAAUUUUUUGAGGUAAACAUCAGAUUCAGGGAUUCACUAAAUAUGUGGUGGAACAUGCAUUUCAAAAAAAUAAUAUAUAUGUAGUACAAAUAGUUUAAUCUUGUGUUGUGAUAUACUUAUAUUAAAUGUUAUGUUUUUCAUUUUUAAAAGAUUUAUUCAACAGUAUAAUUAUGUAUUUUAUUUUAAUAAAAAUAAGUUUCAAAGAUCCUAAACUAAUCCUUAA